UCUUUGAUAUUUCUUUACAGAAAAUUGCCUACAUGGUCCUUGCCAUUUUGUCAGCAUGUUUCUUCGCAAUUGCUGGAAUGACUUGUUUUAGUAUUCAUUCAGCAUGGAUUCUUUACUAUGGCAUUUAUGGCUUACAUGUUUUAUUUGCUUGUGCUGCAUUUGUUAUGAGUGUGGAAUUUAUUUUGGCUAUUGUUUCUUCAUCAAUUUGCUGUUGCUGUCCAGGAACACGAGUUGUACAAACUACUAGUAAUGUUGUUGUCAUGCAAUCCGGCCAGGCGUCCACUGUUCCUCCAGUAUAUAUACCUCAAGCAUACCCGCAGGGAAAUGCAAUGACAUAAAAUUUACAUAUUUUGUUAAACUGAGAAUUU